AUGACUCCUUCUGUUUUCCUGCCUUCCCUUGUAUUCUCACUGACUCUAUUCUUCUUUGAUGCCUUCUUCAGACUUGCCAACAUGAAGGAGUACAUCUUCAAGUUCAGUGGCCUGACUUGCUGUACAUCAGCUUUGGUGUCUGAAAUCAUCCUUGCAGACAGCCAAUGCUGGCGCCUGUGGGAGUUUAACAACAAGGAUGUGCAAUUUGUGUCAACUGGACUCUGGGAAGCUUAUUACACUCAGGACUUUAACAUCUCUGGGUCUAUGACCAGGAUGUUGGUUCACACCCCUAUCAAUUCAACAUGGAACAAGUCAUCAGAAUUUCAGUAUUUACAAGUCCUGAUAGCAUGGGCCAUUUUGAUGAAAAUCCUAGUCCUGGUUUUCACUUCAGUGGCCAUUAAGCUCAGCUGUAUGGAAGACCAAUUCAUUGAGAUCCAGCUGUUUUGCUACAAGAUGUCUGCCAUAAUUUUGGCUGUGAGCAGCCUUUUCACACUUGUUACUGUGACCUUGAACCACCUCAUAGACAUGUAUGGGCAAACCACUCUUGACUUUUCACCUGACUUUCCCGUUAAAAAGGAGGACAUUAUAAAGAAACACUGCACAAAUGUGUUCCCAUACACAGUGGGUGUCCUGACAACCACGAUGUCACUCUUUGGCGUGAUUUUGUUUUUCUAUGAGAUGAUCUCUUUGACAGUGCAGAGUCAGGUGAAGGCCCAGUGUGCUUCCAACCUGGCUGAGCAAAAGGUCAGAAGUGAGGGCUCUGGCAUUUUAACAUCUGCCAGGAGAAUCUUUGAAGAAAUUGCCCAUUUGUACACAGUACUGUGUAAUCACCAAUUCAUUCUAUAUAAAAUAUCAACUUGA